GCCUUCGGUGCUUUACUUUCUGCACCCUGGUAGAUCUAAGACAAGGAGCUCAGCUGUCUGUCGGUAGCACUCGUCACUUCACUCAGUUGUACUACUGUCUGAAACUGAAAAAGUGAAAGAAGGCUGCAUGUCGUUGCACAAGCCCAUGGCGGCAAUUUCUCCUUCUUUGGUUCCACUUCUCUUCUUUGCUCGAAUAUCAGGGCUGGUAGUUGCAGCUUUGGUCCUCUCUUGGGCUCUUCUUUUCAAGUCUAGCUUCAUUCCUCGCUCUUCUUUUUCCUCCCAAGAAGACCUCAUCUAUGCAGUUCUUCAUCCUUUGCUGAUGGUGAUCGGCUUCAUUCUCAUAAGUGGAGAAGCUAUUUUGAUACACAGAUGGUUGCCUGGUUCAAGGAAUUUGAAGAAAUCUGUGCACUUGUGCCUUCAAGGGCUGGCUUUGGGUUCUGGGGUAUUUGGGAUUUGGACAAAGUUCCAUGGAAAAGAUGGCAUUGUGGCUAAUUUUUACAGCCUGCAUUCUUGGAUGGGUUUGAUCUGUGUCUGCUUGUUUGCAGCUCAGUGGUUGGUGGGGUUUCUAAGCUUCUGGCACCGGGGUGAGGUGAGGAUGACAAGAGCAAAGAUCUUGCCAUGGCAUAUCUUCCUUGGUCUCUACACCUAUGGCGUAGCAGUGGCCACUGCAGAAACCGGGCUAUUAGAGAAAUUGACGUUCUUGCAAACCAGGAGGAACUUGUCGAGACACUGUCCUGAGUCCAUGAUUGUUAACAGUCUAGGUCUGGGGCUGGUUCUCCUCUGCGGCAUUGUCAUAUUCACGGCUGUUUCGCCUAAAAAUCAUGCUGUUCAAAGCAAACUUAUGUAUUCAUCAGAUACAAAGUGUUUGAGUUCUUGAGGGAGUAAAUACAAGUAAAAAACAAAAUAUGAUAAGCCAUUCCUCUAUUGUUGUAUAUAUCAUAUGAUCUUUCUGCUGCAUGGGAGGAAUGAAAUGUUUUCAGAAAUGAAAAAGCCUUUGUCAUCA